CUUUUCCAGAGCUACUGAGCUACCAUUCUUCGCCAUGGCGCGGACACAGUCCAAAGGGGAAGUGCUGCUGCAAAAGGUUGGUCGCCCGCGGAAGGCCUCGGGCAUCAGGUGCUGCAAGAAAAAGAUGCGUCGAUCGUUCUGUCAGCGUUCUUGUUUUGGGAACGAAGUCGUUUUGAGCUUUUGGGGAUGGCAAAACAGCGUGGGAAACACAUGUUCGAGGCCCAGAAUCGGCUGCCCAUUUCGUUGAGGAUUCUACAAGCUUUGUGUGUUUUGACCAGGAUUCGGGUCCGCUGCAGUGCCUUCGGGUCUGGCGAGGCCUGCGGAGGUGAACCCGGAGAUCAUGCCGAGCCUCCCGCCGUUGAGGUCGUUUGAGGCUUCGAAGUGUUUGCCCGGACUCUACGAGGUCACCACUGGAGUUGCACCUGUGAAGGGUAUGCCUCACAUCUCUUCUCAAGGGCUUGGCUUGCUCAAAGGCGGUCAUCGGUUUUUUGCUGUGCCGUACACGGUGAAUGGCUAUGAAUGGCUCAAACUUGAAAAAGAGGCUGUCCCGCCGCCCAUCUUCUCUGGUGUCGACAUGUCCAAUGAGAAGCUCAACAAGCUCGAAGAAAUGUAUUGGAAGUCCAUCCCAAGCCUGGUGGCGUCCAGUCCGUCCCUGUGCUCGGAGCCUGCCUUGUGGAUCCGCAACGAGGCCAAGACCUUAAGACUUCUACGCCAUGGGCGCAUUGAGCGUGCUAAGACCUGUGUGCAGCUGCCAAAGGAGGUGUCAAGGUCAACAGAUCGCAUGGAAAAGGCAAGUGCCAGCAUGAUCAAGCGCUUCAAUGAGCCCUUGCAGAACCGAGACUUGAAGGAAUGGGUCCGCUGCGGAGGUGGUGCGUGGACCAACUUCUCAGAAUACGGGUUGUUUGGCCGGCCCAAUGACAACUGCGGGCGUUGGCGACAACUCCAAGAUCGUCCUUUGAGAGGCGAUGCUUAA